AUGUCCUAUCACACUCAUUGUGUGGAGCCUGUGGAGCAACAUGAAAUGUGUGUGCGUAGGACCACUAGUGUUCAAAACCCUGCAAGUCUCUGCAAGUGGGCAAUCCUGUUUCCGUCUGUUUGGAAAGGUUCUCUGCAGUGUAGCCCACUAUCCAGCCGAUGUAGAAGGAUGAGAGGACAGAAGCUGUUACUGCUCAUGAUACUUACGUCAGUGAUGAUGACUUUUUUACCUGUACACUCAUCGUAUGGAGAGCACUUGGUGGAGGACACCUGCACUGUUCAGAUCCUCGUUCCUGGACUUAAAGGAGAACCAGGAGAGAAAGGACAAAAAGGAGCACCGGGAAGACCUGGAAGAGUGGGACCUCCUGGAGGGACUGGCCAACCUGGGCUUAAUGGUCAGAAAGGAAUUAUGGGACGAUAUGGAAAAGUGGGACCAAGUGGAUUGAAAGGUGUAAAAGGAGACAUGGGAGACCCAGGUCCAAGGGGCCCUGACGGAGACCCAGGAGUUCCAUGUGAGUGCGGACCCAUGAGAAAGCUGAUCGGGGAAAUGGACAUUCUCGUGUCUCAGCUCUCCUCGGAGCUGAAAUUCAUUAAAAAUGCACUGCCCUCCCCUGCAGCUGUCGCUGGCAUAAAAGAGACAGACAGUAAGGUCUAUGUGUUGGUGAAGGAGGAGAAGCGCUACUCUGACGCGGAGGCCUACUGUCAGACGAGGGGAGGGCACCUGGUCAUGCCCAAGGACGAGGGGGCCAAUGCGGCCGUGGCGGGGUACAUCACAGAAGCCGGCCUGAGCCGAGUCUACAUUGGAAUCCACGACCUGGACCACGAGGGCGUUUUCACCUACGUGGAUCGCUCCCCCAUGACGACCUUCAGCAAGUGGAGAAAAGGCGAGCCCAACAACGCCUACGACGACGAGGACUGUGCUGAGAUGGUGGCGUCUGGGGAGUGGACUGACGUGGCGUGCCAUCCCACCAUGUACUUUGUCUGUGAAUUUGACAAAGACAGUGUUUAAGUACAGUCCUCGCUGAAGAAACAUCUGACAGAGAUUGUUAAGCAAACGCUGAGUCCAGCUACUAUGUCUUCACAUGGUUUAUGCUGUCUCCCAUGUGUAAAUAAAUAAUGACAAAACGACAUGCACGUUGCACAAACUAGUACUGUAUAUCUUCUACUAUUUUCAACAGCUUAUAAGCUAUUUAUUUUCUUAUCUCACAAGCAACAUGAGGUUUUGCUUUUUCACUUAGUUUAAGAGCACUCUUAAUCUUGUAUGCUUUGAUUUAUUACUGUUUACAGCAGCACGUCAGGCACAUAUUGAGUUUUUAUGCUAUGCAAACUAUGCUCUGAGCAAUCUCUGAGCAACAGUGCCGUCAACAAACACAACACAAUAACUAAUAGCGAAGGCUGCAGAUUGUGUGGAAAAUAUGAAAUUAAAACAAAGGUUUUGGUUCCAGUUGGCUGCUUUUAAUCAGAUUAAUACAGCACAAUAUGCAUUCUAUAUUCAUUUUUACAUAAUAACGUAUGUGCCAGAUGUUGUACAAUAAACAUUCACGGACAAUU